AUGGACCAAAACAAUGAGACAGAUGCUGCCUAUUUUGUCUUGCUUGGAUUUUCAGAUCAGCCCCGACUAGAGAUCAUUCUUUAUGUGGUAGUUUUGGUCUCUUAUCUUAUGACACUCGUGGGCAACUCAGCCAUCAUCCUGGUCUCCCGUCUGGACUCCAAACUCAAUACACCCAUGUAUUUCUUCCUCACCAAUCUCUCCUUUCUUGACCUUUGCUUCACUACCAGCAUUGUCCCUCAGUUGUUGUGGAAUCUGAAGGGGCCAGCCAAAACCAUCACAUGGACCGGCUGUGCCAUUCAACUCUACGUAUCCCUAUCCCUGGGAUCCACGGAAUGUGUCCUCCUCACCAUCAUGGCAUUUGACCGCUACGUAGCUGUCUGCAAACCUCUCAACUACACCACCAUCAUGCACCCAUCCUUCUGCAAGGCCUUAGCAGGGGUGGCCUGGCUAAGUGGGGUUGGAAACACUCUCAUCCAAGGAACUAUCACCCUUCGUCUGCCUCGCUGUGGACAUUACCGGCUGCAGCACUUCUUAUGCGAAGUGCCUGCCAUGGUUAAGUUGGCCUGUGUUGACAUACAUGCGAAUGAGGUCCAGCUUUUUGUGGCCACGCUGGUUCUCCUCCUCAUUCCUAUGUUAUUGAUCCUGGUCUCCUACGGAUUCAUUGUGCAAGCAGUGGCCAAAAUUAGGUCAGUGCAAGCUUGGCGCAAGGCCCUGGGGACCUGUGGUUCCCAUCUCAUCGUGGUUUCCCUCUUCUUUGGGACCAGCUCGGUCAUCUAUAUUCAGCCAAAGAGGUCCUAUGGACCUGUACAAGGGAAGUUUCUCACACUCUUCUACACCGUUGUAACUCCUACCCUCAACCCACUCAUCUACACUCUUAGGAACAAGGAUUUUAAGGGAGCUCUGAGAAGAUUGGUGGGAAGUAAAAAUCAGGGUUAG